AUGGCCAACAUUAACACGCCCAUCCCGAGCUUGAAGCUCAAUGACGGCAACUCGAUUCCCAUGCUCGGCUACGGCACGGGCACAGCGUGGUACAAGACGGGCGAUGAAUCGCAGAUCGACCGCAGCCUGGUCGAGUCGACCAAGGUGGCCAUCAAGCUCGGUUACACCCACCUCGAUGGCGCCGAGAUGUACAAGACGGAGCCCGAGCUGGGCCUGGCCAUCAAGGAGAGCGGCGUGCCCCGCGAGAAGCUGUUUGUCACGACCAAGGUCUACGGCAACCUCGCCGACAUCAAGGCCGCCAUCAAGCUGAGCUUGAAGAAGCUGCAGCUGGACUAUGUAGACCUCUACCUCAUCCAUGCCCCAUUCUUCGCCAAGUCAGACGAGGAGCUGCAGGCGAAGUGGAAGGAGAUGGAAGAGGUGCAAGCGGCGGGCCUGGCCAAGUCGAUCGGCGUGUCCAACUACCUGCCGAAGCACCUGGAGGCGACGCUGAAGACGGCCAAGGUCGUGCCCGCCAUCAACCAGAUCGAGUUCCACCCGUACCUGCAGCACUCGGCCCUCAUCGACUUCCACAAGCAGCACGGCAUCGCUACCCAGGCCUACGGCCCGCUCAGCGCCGCCACCAAGGCAAAGCCUGGCCCCAUCGAUGAGUUCAGCGCUGCGCUCGCUAAGAAGUACGCCGUCAGCGAGGGCGAGAUCGCUCUGCGGUGGUGCAUCGAUCAGGACGUCAUUCCGAUUACGACGAGCUCCAAGGAGCAGCGCUUGUCGGAUUACCUGCGCGCGGCUACGUUUAAGCUGACGCCUGCGGAGGUGAAGGAACUGAAGGAGUUGGGCGAGAAGAAACACUACCGUGGCUUCUGGAACGACAUUUUCUCGCCCGAGGACAGGUCUUGA